AAAAGAAAAAAGAAACUCAUAAAAGAAAAAAGAAAAAGAAGGGAGAAUGGAGGCAGAAAAGCCAUCUUCAGUGCUCGCCUUGCUUUGUUAGCUGUUGCCAUUUUCACAUCCUUCUAUUUGGUUCCUACGAAUUACGCAAAGGAAUUCGAAGUUGCAUCUCUUUUCUCAAUGUGUGAAAUUUCUGUAAGCUAGUUUUCUUCUAUUGUUGGCGAAGCAAAUUGAACUCCUGUCGGCCUCUCACUCACCAUUUCUGAAUACUCAGCUUCUGGAAGCUCAACGAGGGGUAAGGUGAUAGUUGUCACUUUUAGAUUUAAAGGAAAGAGGAAAGUUAAAGAAUAUAAUGGGUUCAACACCCAAACAGCCUUUCUUUUGCUUCAAAUGGCCAUGGGACGUAGACCCAAAAAAUCGUUCAGACUGUUCGUUUGAGAGUCCUUGGUUGUUCAAAUCAUUGCAAAAUGUGGGUGGCUUUGCUUUCGAUUUUGUAAAUAAAGCUUCAAAAUCAUCGCCUCCAUGGAUGACUUUUAAGUCAUUGCAAUUCAACCCCUUAACUGGUGGAAAUAAGAUAUCUCAGUCUAGAAAGAUGUUAACUCCUGAAGAGCAGGGGGAAGCAGAAAAUAGAGCAUUGGCAGCAGCAUUAGCCAGUGGGAAAGAAGCCACCAUAAUCGAGUUUUACUCGCCCAAAUGUCUCCUUUGCAAUUCCUUGCUUAAUAUUGUUACGGAGAUGGAAGCAAGGAAUUCAGAUUGGCUUAAUAUUGUGAUGGCAGAUGCAGAGAAUGAUAAAUGGCUGCCUGAGCUUCUUCAUUAUGACAUUACAUAUGUUCCUUGCUUUGUGUUGCUGGACAAACACGGCAAGGCGCUGGCAAAGACGAGUCUUCCUAGUAGUCGGCUUCAUGUAAUUGCAGGGCUUUCUCAUCUUAUCAAAAUGAAAUCGCCCAAGAGCACUCCCUGAAUCAGAUAAUAAGCCACCAUGUUUGUGAAAGCUGUGAUUUAGAUGGCAUGGGUAAGAACUGUAGUUAAUUCGAAAGAAGAGCUUGUUCUCUUUUGAAAUUGCACAUCACUGUUUACUUUUAGAAAUUUACUCUAAUUUCUUAAAUAAAAUAAAUACAAUAGUUGUAUUCUUAACCAAA